CUCUCUCACUCUCACUCUCUCUCCUCCUUCUGUUAGCUUCUUCUGCUCUCUGUUUCUCUCUCUCCGUCAGUGUAUGCAAACACCGAGAGACCCGAAGACCACAGAGGAAGCUUUAGAUCUGAAACUAACAAACCCCCAAAAAAACUAGCUCCAAGGACGAUUCAGGUGUGCAUGUUUUACUUGUCUGAUAAAGGUCUGUUUCUUGCUGGUCAAUAAGGUUGUAGAAUUGCCGUCAAUGGCGGUCACAGAUGGUCAUAAUCCUCUUCUUGGAGAAACAACUUGCGGUACUUUGCUGCAAAAACUGCAGGAAAUCUGGGAUGAGGUUGGUGAGAGUGAUGAGGAACGAGACAAAAUGCUUCUUCAAAUAGAACAGGAGUGUUUGGAAGUGUAUAAGAAGAAAGUUGAGCAGGCAGCAAAUUCAAGGUCACAGCUUAUUCAGACAUUGUCAGAUGCCAAAAUUGAAUUGGCCACUCUUCUUUCAGCCCUUGGAGAAAAAAGUUUUGUAGGAAUUCCACAGCCAGAGAAAUCUUCUGGAACAAUCAAGGAACAACUUGCAGCUAUAGCACCAGCACUGGAACAGCUCUGGAAACAGAAAGAGGACAGAGUAAAGGAGUUUUCUGAUGUACAAUCACAAAUUCAAAAACUAUGUGGAGAAAUUGCUGGCAACGUGAAUGUCAAUGAGACUCCUGCAGUUGAUGAGACUGAUCUAUCCUUGAAGAAGUUAGAUGAAUAUCAUUCCCAACUUCAGGAACUUCAAAAGGAAAAGAGUGAUAGGUUGCAGAAGGUCCUUGAAUUUGUGAGCAGUGUGCAUGAUCUCUGUGCUGUUCUUGGAAUGGACUUCUUCAGUACCAUAACUGAAGUUCACCCCAGCUUAAAUGACUCUACUGGUGUGCAGUCCAAAAGCAUUAGUAAUGAUACAUUAGCAAGGCUGGCUAAGACAGUCUUAGCACUAAAAGAAGAUAAGAAGCAGAGGCUUCAUAAGCUUCAAGAGUUGGCAACUCAGCUGAUUGAUCUAUGGAAUCUGAUGGAUACCUCCAUAGAAGAAAGGAAAUUGUUUGAUCACGUUACCUGUAACAUGUCAGCUUCAGUUGAUGAAGUGACUGUCCCUGGUGCUCUUGCUAUGGAUCUGAUUGAGCAGGCUGAGGUUGAAGUCGAAAGGCUUGAUCAGCUAAAAGCGAGCAGAAUGAAAGAGAUUGCUUUCAAAAAGCAAGCAGAACUUGAAGAAAUAUAUGCAAGUGCGCAUAUAGAAAUAGAUCCAGAAGCUGCUCGAGAAAAAAUCAUGGCAAUGAUUGAUUCUGGGAAUGUUGAGCCUGCUGAGUUGUUGGCGAACAUGGACAAUCAGAUAUCAAUAUCCAAAGAAGAAGCUCUUAGCAGAAAAGAUAUUUUGGACAAGGUUGAGAAAUGGAUGUCAGCAUGUGAGGAAGAGAGUUGGCUUGAGGAUUACAAUCGGGAUGAAAAUAGGUACAAUGCCAGCAGAGGUGCACACUUAAACCUCAAGCGUGCAGAGAAAGCCCGGAUUUUGGUAAACAAAAUUCCAGCACUGGUGGACACUUUGGUUGCCAAAACUCAGGCAUGGGAGGAAGAUCGUGGCAUGCAAUUUGCUUAUGAUGGAGUUCCUCUAUUGGCCAUGCUAGAUGAAUAUGCCAUGCUUAGGCAGGAAAGAGAAGAAGAGAAGCGAAGACUUAGGGAUCAGAAGAAGUUCCAUGAGCAGCAAAACACAGAACAAGAAACUAUUUUUGGCUCAAGGCCCAGCCCUGCUCGACCAGUUGGUACAAAAAAGGUGGUAGGCCCUCGUGCAAAUGGAGGUGCCAAUGGCACUCCCAACAGACGGCUAUCCUUGAAUACUCAACAAAAUGGCAGCAGGUCCAGCACUAAAGAGGGGAGAAGGGACAGUACUAGUAGACCAGCAGCUCCUGUUAACUUUGUUUCUAUAUCAAAAGAGGAUGCUGCCUCCCACAUUUCUGGUACUGACCCAGUUCCAGCUUCACCGUGAUGAGAGAGAUCUGUAGGUUUAUGUUGUUUUGAUAUUACUGUUGUUAUAUGUAGGUUUAUGUUGUUUUGAUAUUGCUGUUGUUAUAUGUAGGUUUAUGUUGUUUUGAUAUUGCUGUUGUUACUACAAGGAGGUUUGUUGUAAUGAUAUAGAUGUGAAAACAAGAUUGGAGAGUGAACUGUUUCUAGUUAUGUAUGUUCUAUUGGCAAUUUGAAGCUGUCAUAAUCCUUGGAGCUA